AUGUCCGUCGCCAUGAGCAGCAGCGCGAGCGCCGCAGCCGCCGCAGUCAAAUUCGUUGGCUCCGACGCAGACGGCCUGCCGCUGAAACGAAAGCAGGUCCAACAGGCCUGCAUGUCCUGUCGCAAGAAAAAGAAACGCUGCAUACAUACAAUACCUUCUUCGCCGCCAGAAUCCAAGACGCCGCUUCCACCAUCCCAAAUCCCAGAUGCGCCACCCGAGUCGAGCCCCACGCGAGGCGACGACAAUACCGUCAUCUCAUCUUCGCAAGAGAGGCUUGAAGAUGACAUUUGUCAGGUAGCUGCAUCCCAGCUGGUUGAGCUGUCAUCCCGGUUUGUUGGCGACCUCAAUCCGGAAGGCAUCUUUGUCGAAGCAACAACAACCAAGGCAUCAUCUGUGCCUCCAGGACCAGAAGAAAUAGGGAUAUGGCUUCCCACCCGCUCAGAAUCAACCAAGACCAGCGCACGAAGUCCCGAUGUUUCGUCACGUCGAAGUCGUCAUAUUCCCAACCAUUAUGGAAAUGGGAGUGAACGCCGUGGCAGCCUGCUUGCGGCAUUCGAGCGUGCAAGAGCACAGUAUCUCAGCGAGGAGUGCCUUGUUACCAUGCCGCCGCCUCAGGAGUAUUCCGUGCUUCGCCAGAUUUUUAUGGAUAAAGUGCACCCGAUAUUUCCAAUCUUUACCGACUCAGACCUGGCUGGCAACAACCCCGACACGGUCUAUGGCGACGUCAUGAAGCAGGUCAUCUCCAUGAUCGGCGGUCUGGAUCCGGCGGGUCGCAAAAAUCUACGAUUAGAACCAGGUGGUCCCCUCCUCAGGCCCCAGGAGUUUCAUCAGCAGAUGGCGGAGGCAAUAUUUCCCGUGCUGGAGGCCGACUGGAUACAAAACAAAGUCGAUCACAUACGUAUCCUAACCACCAUGGCCCUCUUCUAUCAACCAUACGACACAUCUCAAAAGGACCGGGCCCGUGCCGCGUGGCUCAACACGCAGGCCGUUCACCAUUUACAGACGCUCAGUGCGCAUCUCAAUGGCUACCGACCGCAAAGACCAGGCGAAGAUAUUGAUCGUGUCUUCUGCGCCGUUUGGGCAGUGGACAGGUUAUGCGCAUCAUUCUAUGCUCGCCCGACAAUAAUACACGAGCGGGACGUUGAGAAGGACCUUGAGCUCGCUAUCAGCAAGCAGCCGCCAUGCUUCAUGUUGCUGCUGAAGCUUGUUCAGACUCUUGACAGCGUGUUUCCUCUGUACAGGCCACAUCAAAAAUUCGAGUAUACCGACAUCCCGGUGUUGGAGUCUCUGAUAAUGGAUACAGGGACUGGGAGAACCCCAACUCGACUUCUUGCAACCCUGGAGACACUUUAUCACGCCAUCGCCGUGCUUAGCUGCCGUCAACCGCGUAGCGCCUUUUCUUUGACAUCACCCGAUGACAACCGCUCUCAUCUACCAAACUCUACAAUCAACCCCCGACGCUCCCUCUCGGCGGACAGGAUUGUCUGGGCUGUGCAGAACGAAGACCUCGGGCCAUUUCCGUUCGUUCCCUACGCCGUCUCACUGGCUCUCACUGUGCACUACCGCAAGAUGAGGUACAGCAAAACCGUCAUGUUCCGUAACCGAGGCAGGGACAUGUUUCGAAACAUUGUGGCUGAGCUGAAGAAGCUUGGUGAUUACUUCUUCAGCGCGAGGAUAAAUGCUGGACUGGGCGAAAGCAUCUUGCGGGAGAUGGAGAAAACAGCAACGUCCCUGUGCCGUGAAGAUGGCGAAAACGGCUCCAGCACUGUUCCUCCAAUCGUCGCUACAGCCUCAGCGCUGGCGGCGCUUAGCCGGAACGGUACGCCCCUUGCCGCCCCAUCUGGCGAUACUAGAAUGGUUGACGCGCCAUCACUCCACGCAGCCAACGGGGGUUCGGGAAUCGGUGAGGCCGUAGGGGCAAAUGGCUACCAUGCGGCCAGUGGGGCUCCAAUAUCUUCAAUGACGAACGGUAGCAUAGAGCCAUCCGUUUUCGAUCAGCUCGACGUCGAUGUGGAUUUGUUCGGCUUCUUCGAUCCGAGCUUCAAUCUUGGCGCCGUCGACACAGCUUUGGAGGCCAAUCUGAAUAUGGGAUAUCCGCAGCUCUGGCCCGCGGAAACAUGGGGGCUUGGUAAUAUCUAA